AUGUAUGUUGGAAGAUUUCAAAGAAAUGCAGAUAUUUAAGGAAAUGCAUUAAUAAUGAGUGAUUUUAUAUUCUAGCGGAUGGAUGAGUAAACUUAUAAUGAUAACCUUAAAGAACAAUAUGAAAAGUAUCUUUAGCGAACUGGCAGAUCAUUUUUUCAAGGCUAAAUUGAUGAGGCUUUUGAAACUAAUUAAAGAGGGGACCUUAUUGUGAUUUCAGCCUAAGAUUUAGAAGAUCAUGAAGAUGAAUUAGUGAGACUAAUGCAUGAUAAAUUUAUGAAUGGAGAGGAUACAGAUUAUUUCAACUACAAAGAAGAUAUUGAUGAAAAUGAGGAGUACGAUGAUGUCAAGUAAAUUGAGCUUGAUCAGGAGGAGUAAUGGUUCGAAAAAGAUAAUGAAGAAAUAAACGGAGAAGAUAAUGUGCAGAAUAAAGAUCCAUAAAGUACUAUUUAUACAGGAAUUUUAGAUUAUUGA